UGGGUGUCGCAGGAUCGGGGCUUGGCCCCGGGGUGGGGGUAGCUGGGAGAUGUUCGUUGUGUGUUUUGAGGCACUGGGGACAAGCAGGAUCGGGGAUUUCUUCCCUGUGUGUGUAGAGUUGGGGCGGGGGGGAAGGUAAGGACGAAAGGAAUGCAGGGGUGGGGGGCUCAGGAGAGGCACAUUCCUAGGUUAGAAUCCGCCCCAAUGAGCAGUUACUGUGUGUGCGUUUCUGUGUACGUGUGUCUAGUGUCUGCGUGUCUCCCCGGGUUGUAGCCAGGUAUCCCUCUGUAUGUAUCUGUGUCCACACAUGCCUGUCAGAGUGUAUGUAAGCAUGUCACCUCUCACUGUUGUUAGGUAGCCUGGUGAAGUGAGGAAGGGGUGUGUGUGUGUGUGUGUGUGUGUGUGUGUGUGUGUGUGUGUGUGUGUUGCGGGGAGGGCUUGGAGAGGUGGUUUGCAGGGGAAGCUCUGGCGCUAGUCACAUUUCUCUCCCUCUUUCCUUGGUUUCUCAGGGCCAGCUUGGGGCAAGUGGGUGGAGAGAGCACCAUGGAACCCCUCUUCCUGGCCCCAUUCUGGGAGGAUUUCUAUGGAAAUCGCCUGUUCAACAACUUCUCCCUCCCAAAUGGGAGCCAAUUACCUCCUCACCUGCUGCUCAAUGUGAGCCAGGACACCUUUCUGCCCAUCGGCCUCAAGGUCACCAUUGUGGUCGUCUACCUGGCUGUGUUUAUAGGGGGUCUGCUGGGGAACUGCCUUGUCAUGUAUGUCAUCAUCAGACACACAAAGAUGAAGACAGCAACAAAUAUUUACAUCUUUAACUUGGCACUGGCAGAUGCUCUGGUCCUGUUGACUCUGCCCUUUCAGGGCACUGAUGUCUUCCUGGGAUACUGGCCAUUUGGAAAUGCACUGUGCAAGACGGUCAUUGCCAUAGACUACUACAACAUGUUCACUAGCACCUUCACUCUGACUGCCAUGAGUGUGGACCGCUACAUUGCUAUCUGCCAUCCAGUCCGGGCCUUGGACAUCCGCACACCCAACAAGGCCAAGGCUGUCAAUGUUGGCAUCUGGGCCCUGGCUUCUCUCAUUGGUGUUCCUGUCACAGUCAUGGGCUCAGCCCAGAUGGAUGAUGACGAGAUCGAGUGCCUGGUGGAGAUCCCCGCCCCUGAGGAUUACUGGGGCCCUGUGUUUGGGGUCUGCGUGUUCCUCUUCUCUUUUGUGAUCCCUGUCCUCAUUAUCUCAGCCUGUUACAGCCUCAUGAUCCGCAGGCUCCGCAGUGUCCGGGUACUCUCCGGCUCAAGGGAGAAGGACCGUAACCUGCGGCGUAUCACUCGGCUCGUCUUGGUGGUAGUAGCUGUAUUUGUGGGGUGCUGGACCCCUGUCCAGGUGUUUGUGCUGGCUCAGGGUCUGGGAGUCCAGCUAGCCAGUGAAGCUGCGGUGGCUGCUUUGCACUUCUGCAUUGUCCUGGGCUAUGCCAACAGUGGCCUGAAUCCCAUCCUCUAUGCUUUCCUGGACGAGAACUUCAAGGCCUGCUUUCGUAAGUUCUGCUGUGCAUCCUCUCUACGCCGGGAGCUGCAGGUGUCCGACCGUGUGCGGAGCAUUGCCAAGGAUGUGGCAUUUGCCUGCAAGACUUCAGAAACUGCACCCAGGCCGGCAUGACUAGGCGUGGAACUCCCCAUGAUGCCCACCAGCCCCCAAAGUCCAUCCACGCCCAACACAGAGCUCACGCAGGUAACAGCUCUGUAGCAGGGCUCUUUUCAGACUUCGUGUUGGGCAAAACCUAUGGCUGUGGGGCUGGAUACCAUCCAGAUGGCUUUGUGACUGUGACCCCAAGAGGCGGUGGCCUCUGAGCAGUUCUGCCGGGGGAAUGCUGAAAACCCCGGGGAGGAAGUCCCUGUGGAAACAGACUCAAAAUAAGGGCUGUUUCUGUGAUUGGUCACAGCAGGACCAAAAAUAUGCCUUCCUGGUAUGGUGAUCGAAGAGCAAUGGGGAGGAUAUUGCCUUUGCAGGGCGUCUGGCCCUCAGGCUUAACUCUACUUAUGAAAACUCUCUCACAAACACUUACACACAUGUAGAUAGAGACCCACCAAGACAUUCACACAGUCACAGAGACUUUGAGACCUACAAUAGCAAACACAAAGACCUGUGGAGUCACACACAGACACCCAUCCAAGCACACUCAUGGGGAUGCAUAGACACGAGCACACAGACACAUGGAUAGCCAUGAUCUUACAGACAUCCUUGUGAAGGACCUGGUUAUUGACUUUUUACCUUUCUGGGGCUGGAGAGAAAAACUUGAUGUUGGGAUAGAAAAGUGCUCAAAAUGGUGGUGGGUGUCAUCCCACCUGCUGUCUUUGAUGCUGUUCCCUGGGCCUAGCAGCCACAGGAUGCCCGAUUCUGCAUCCAUAGACUGGGCUUAUUUCUCACCUUUACCAAUGCUGCCUCCCAUGUAAAUCAAGAGCAGCUGAAUUUGAUGUUCUGUAAGGUUCUUUCUGAUUCUGACAUUCUACUACUCUGUGUUCUCCUCCUUUGUCUCCUUUGGGAUCUUGGUUGUGAGGAUGUGAGGGGGAAAACUGGAUGGAAGGGCUGAAGCCUAAUUAAUGAGGUGGCAGAGUAGACUUGGUGAAUUAUCACUAGGGUGUGCCAAAACCGAGCUAGCUCUGGGAGAAUUCUAGCUGGCCUUUGGGUUGGCACUUGGGAGCUGUUGGCAAUUGCUCCCUUUGGCCCUGACUUCUAGUCCUCCUCUGUGCCCAGGGCUGGGUCAGCCAUGAAAGGAAGGAGUGCCUCGCUAUUGCCCUGAUUCCAUGUUAUAAGACUUUCCUGGAAUGCACAGCAGUCAGCAGGGUAGGAGAACCCAAGAGCCUGAAUGCACCUGGGAGCCUUGAACAUGCUUUCUAGGUACAUAUCCAUUUCUCUCAGCCCAAGAACUGAUGGUAUUUCUUUGUGUUUGCUGGUGCUUUGUUAUAGCUACACCUUUGCAAACAUUUUUAGUGCAUGGGGAAAGAGAGCCCAUGCUUCUGAUUUCUGGGCCCCUUUUCAUUCACAGGGUGUGCCCCUCACCCAUUACACACUAAAGACUUCUAUGACUGAUCUGUGGCUUACCACAGUGUCCAGGCCCACCAGUAAUGUUGUCCAUUAUUACUGGCAAGGCAUAGAAGGGCUUUUAUAAUAUUUUUAAGCUUGGGUCAUAAAUGCUUAGUGUUCUUUCCUCAGCAAUGCAAGGGGGAAAAUGGUGAUGAUUUACUCCAAAAGAAGAGAAAUUUAUCCAGUGCACUGAUGACCCUGCACCAAAGUGCUUUGGCACAUGCCAGAUGAUUGACUGACUUGAGCUGGAUGGGACCUCAGAAACCAUCUAGUUCAACCCCCUUAUUUUACAAAUGAAGAAACUGAGGAACAGGGAGAUGAAGGGACCUCUAGAGGUAUGGCUGUACUGCUAAAUUCCUGCAAAGAAUGAAGAAUCCUGUUCUUUCUGGACCAUCCUGGAUACCUCCAGGAAGACACCAAAUGCUUUAAUAUUAGUUAGCUGCAACUCUCUACACACCCUGAAGUGCUCCCCGCGGCUUCAGUGUUUUUCUUGUUCUUGAAUCUGUAGGCAGAAACAAAGCCAGUGCCUACUGUCUCGCUGUUCUCUGAUUAAGACCACCGUCCGAGGAUUUCUCUCUGAAUGUGAUGGGUGAAGAAUAGACCUCUUUUAGGUCUGAGUUGGAUUUUGAAAUAUGUCAGGUUGAUGCUGGCCAUCGGGAGCCACAGCCUUACCUAUAUCUCUGUGAUAGGAAAGAGAAGGACUGGGAAGGAACAGAACCACUUGUGCAAUGUGAUGAUGUUUUCCUCUCAUUUUCUGCUGAUUAAUGUCUAUCUCUUCAGCUUUAUGAUUCUCUAUGGUUGUCUCUGGGGGCCAAUUUCUGGGGCUCCCGAUGACUAGAAUGUGUUAGAAAUGGAGCAAAAUAAGAAAAUAAGUUGAUGAUGCUGUGCCAUUGGGAAGGGGGUGGGUGUGGUGAGGGCCUGUUGGAGCCAGAGCUACAGAGAUGGUCCUAGGAGCUUCAUAAGAUCGCUGUGGAGCCAACUGCAUCCUCAUCGGUUGACGUGGUGCGCCAAUAAAAUUCAGGCUGGGCUUUCCAUAAUCCUUAAUGUGAAUCCACAGUUGGUGAAGCUGCCAACACUUUUCCCACUGUAGCUGAACUAUUGGAUUAAUGACAGUUUAUUUCAUUCCCAUCAUCUGUCCCACUCUACAAAAGCUGCAAGCCUCUGUUCCAGCGUGUGUAUUUAGGAAACAAAAACCUCCAGAUAAUCAACUGAAAAAAAAUAGUGAUAGCCCCAGCCCUUCUUGGUGAGGAGAUGCCCUGUGUCACAUGGGGGGAUUUAACCAAAGGAACAAUAACUUAGGAAAUGAUCGGCCACCUCCUAACAUGGCAGUAGCUUCAUGGUAAUAAGAAUAAGAGCUCCCAUUUCUGUUGAGCUUUAAGAUUUACAAAGCACUUUCCUCAUGACAAAGAUUGUGAGCUUAUGUAGUAGUAUUAUCCCCAUUUUACAGGUGAGGAAACCAAAACUAAGGGAAGCGAAAUGAUUUACAUGCUGUGACACUACUAAGUGGUAGAACCAGAAUUUGAACCUAGGACUUCUAACUCUAAAGACUAAUGCCUUCCUCUUCCUUCCUUCCAUCCCCCCUUCUACCCUUCCCUCCAUCCUUCCCUACUUCCCCUUCUUCUUUUCCUCCUUUCUUUCCUUCUUCCUUCUCUUCCUGCUUUCCUUUCCCCAGCAUAGCAUAGUGUAUUAGAUGCUAGUCUUGAAGUCACUCAGUCAAUAAAUGUUUAUUAAGUGCCUACUAUGUGCCAGACACUGUGCUAAGUGCUGGGGAUACAAAAAAGAGGCCAAAAAGACAGCCCUUGCCCUCAAAGAGCUAGAAGUGUAAUGGU